AAUGGCUCUCCAAGCCAUCCGGCUGGCUAAAUUCCCCACCUCACUAGCCAAAGUUGGCAAGCCAUCCGGUGUGGGUUCCACCCGUCUCCUCUCUCUCCCCCUUUCCCCAUCCCGUCCGUCCGCCACUCCCUCCCUACCUGCCGCGAAAUCUGCCCAGCUACUGUCGUCCAUGGUCGCCGCCGCCGAAUUUCCGUCCUACGUCUCCGUGCCGCCGUCCGACCUGCACCGCCACCUCGGCAAGCUGCUCACCAGUGGGGACGGCACGGACGUCACUCUCGAGGCCGGCGGCGAGACGUACAAGGCGCACAGGUCCGUGCUCGCCGCCCGCUCGUCCGUGCUCAAGGCGGAGCUCCUCGGCCCGAUGGCGCAGCCGCGGAGCACCGCCGCCGCCACGCCAACGCGCAUCAACGACAUCGAGGCGCCGGUGUUCAGGGCGAUGCUGCACUUCAUAUACACCGACCACCUGAGCUCGACCAUGGCGACCGACGGCUUCGAGCAUCUCACCACAAGCUGCCCUGCCAUUCUCAAGGAGCUCAUGUCCAAGCUUGUUGUUCACUGAACACUGAAUAUUCAGCAGAAGCAUAUUAAGUAGGAUGGUGUCAAUUCAGAGCUAGUGUGUGAUUCUACUCUGGAGUGUCAAAUAGCUAGACCUAUGUAUAAUUAUCGUCAUCUGGUUCGAUCUGGUGCUAAUCCCGUGUAUAAUUAUUAUCUGUCAUCUAGGCUAGUUUAGAUGGUGUGAUGCAUCAUGCUCCUCCUCUCUAUGUUUGUUUUGGUUUGUGGUUGUAUCCAGCAUGGACAGAGCAGUAUCGGUCAAA